GAGGAGGAGGAGGCGCCGCCACCCCCCGCAACAGCAGCGCCGCGGCUGCGGAACCCGGAGCCUGAGCCGCCGCAGCCUCGCCAUGCGAUCCACCGUGUACAAAGCCACGGCGGCGGCCGCGACGACGACGACGACGGGGCCGGGCUUGCUGGAGCCUGGCCCCGAGGAAGAGGAGGAGCCGCCGCCGCCUCCCCCCCAUCUCCGCCAGCCUCCGCCUCCCCCGCAGAACCAGAUCCCCGUGCCGGCUGCGGCGGCCGCGGGUCCCAAGGGCCGCGCCAUCGUCCCGGCGGCGGCUGCAGCAGCAGCAGCGGCUCCGGGGCCGCAGCAACAGGAGGGCGGCGGCGGCGGGUGCUGCUGGGGCGGCCUGGUGCCCUCGCCGUGCCCGGCGGGCAGCACUCGGCAGGCGGGCGUGGGCGAUGCCGCUGGGAGCUCCCGCCCCUCCAAGUACCAGGCGGUGCUGCCGGGACACACCGCGGCCGCUACCGCCGCAGCCAAGGACGGCAAGCGCGGCGGCGGCCCCCACUCCGGGCCCGGCAGAACCCCAGCCGCUCUUUCUCCUCCUCCUCCGCUGCCGUCGCCGCCUUCAGCCACGGCCGAGCCCGGCCAGCCUCCACCGGGGACAGCGGCGGGAGGAUCUCCGGCCUCGUCGGAUCCCGGCGGCAAGUGGAAAAGCGGGAGCAGCAGCAGCAGCACGGGGAGCGGCGGCGGCGGGGGAAGCAGCCUUCGGAAAAGCCCCAUGGGGGCCGGCGGGGGCGCCUCCAGCCAGGCGGCCUGCCUCAAGCAGAUCCUGCUGCUCCAACUGGACCUCAUCGAGCAGCAGCAGCAGCAAUUGCAGGCCAAGGAGAAGGAGAUCGAGGAGCUCAAGGCCGAGCGGGACACGCUCCUUGCUCGAAUUGAGCGCAUGGAAAGGAGGAUGCAGCUGGUGAAGAAGGACAGCGAGCGUGAAAAACACAAAAUAUUUCAAGGAUACGAAACCGAGGACAAGGUGGAGCCUGAGGCGCCGGAGAAGUUGCCUAUCGAAUGCCCACCCCAAGAACUCCUGGAGACAUCCCAGCCGCUGUCUUUGAAACACUUCCCCUAUGGAAGAAAUGGAAAAGGUCACAAACGAAAGUCUGCAUUCGGAAGCGCGGAGAGGAAAACUCCAAUGAAAAAGCUGGUGGCUGAAUUUUCAAAAGUGAAGUGCAAAUCACCAAAGUCGUCUCCGUUGAAAGAAGAACCCGGCAGUUCUUUAACUGAAUCGGUCACCAGGCGAGAACUACGAAGUCAGGAGACUCCAGAGAAAGCCCGAUCUUUGGGAGACACACUGUUGAAAUCCUUGGGCCCUCUGAAAGGAGCCGGGGGCCACGCAAAGGACAAGAGCUCGUACAGCGAAACAGAAGACUUGCCAUACCUUUCCACCACCGAAAUGUACUUGUGCCGAUGGCACCAGCCGCCUCCUUCACCGUUGCGAGAACCUUCUCCCAAGAAGGAGGAGACUGUAGCAAUUCCUUCAUGGAGGGACCACGUGGUAGAGCCCUUAAGAGACCUGAAUCCUUCAGAGCUUUUGGAGAACUUAGAUGACAGCGUCUUCUCCAAACGACACGCAAAGCUGGAGUUGGAUGAGAAGAGGAGGAAACGGUGGGAUAUUCAGCGGAUCCGAGAGCAAAGAAUUUUGCAGCGACUGCAGCUGAGAAUGUAUAAAAAAAAAGGAAUUCAGGAAUCUGAGCCUGAAGUUACCUCAUUUUUCCCAGAGUCAGAUGAUGUUGAAAGCUUGCUAAUCACCCCUUACUUGCCUGUUGUAGCAUUUGGCCGACCACUACCAAAAUUAACCCCACAGAACUUUGAACUGCCGUGGCUGGAUGAGCGGAGCCGUUGCCGGCUGGAGAUGCAGAAGAAACAGACGCCUCACCGGACAUGCAGAAAAUAGGCAUCCCCACCGGGAGGUAUCUCUACUUCGGUGGUUGCCCUGUGCUAUUUGCAGCCAGCGGCAGAGAACUGUGUAUGUUCUGUCACAUCAAUCUUUCUCCCCUCAAUGUACAUUCUUGUUCACUAUAGACCUUUUUUUUUUUUAAAUGCUUCUGUAUGGUUUUUCUCUUUCCUCUUCCCUUCCCCCUCCCUCCCAUUAAAACUGUUCAGCUGUGUUCCUUCCCCCCCUCCUUUUGUUCGAUGGAAAGUACUGGAGGUUUGUUGUGGGGGGACCCGCAGCCAAGCAGGCAGCAUUGGCCAUGCAGUGGUUGAGUUCCUUUCGGCAGGCCCAACUAAACACCUUUUUAGCGCCACAAAACAUAAAUGGGCGUAAGAAAUACAAUGAAAUGGUUCCCGUUUGUAAGUUACGAAGUGUAUGAAAUCCACCUCUCUUAAAGCACACAUGCAAAUCCUAAAAUGGUUGCUUAAAAACAUUUAACCUGCUAACUUUAAAGCCCUUGAAAAUUGCGGGUGGGGGGAGGUAUAUUGGGCUAACACAGAGUUAGCCGUCGCUCUGCUUGUUUCUUUUUUAAAAAAAUAAGUUUGGACCCAUAUAUUUCUUCUUGUCUCAUUUGGCUCUUCCCAACCUGCUGUGAUGGGUGUAACUUUCAGUUUUUAAAAUCGGCAUAACUAACCUGGUGCUCACCUUUUGCUUCUUAUGGAUGGUGGGAGCGUUUAAAAUUUGACGUCCCAGCACUGAGAACGAAGGCUGGAAUGUCUCGACAAUCGCGUCACGUGCUGUCGGUUCUCUGGGAACUGGUUUGCAUCAGUCCAGUUCCCGAUUUACUUAAGAUUUUUUGUUUUGCCAGUAAGCAAGCGCUUUAGUUUUUUUUCCCCCCUCUGUCAAGGAAGGUAAAGCAUAAAUUGUGGGGUUUUGUUUGCAAACCUCCAUGCAUCAUGCCAGUUUCUUAAGAGCGACGUUGAGUGGCAGUGCUGUCAGAUUUUCUGGCGCUUGGAUUCCCUGGGUUGGGGAUACUGCCUUGCGAAAAGGGCACCAAGCAACAUCACCAAAAUUGGCCUCCCCUCCUGCAUCAAAGGCUAUGCCCGCUUGCCUUGGUAUUGGACGGAACCGAUGAGUUGCUCAGAAACCACUGUGUUCUUCCUUCCCCGGAGGAGGCUGCCAGAGGGAAGGAAAGCAACGAGAAAAAAUGGUUCAUUCUCAGAACGCCUCUCGAAAGGGUUAUGUUGCCUCCAGAUGUUUCCCUCCCUUAUCUGAAGUCCACUGCGACCUCGCUCUUGGCAAUUUUUGUAUGCCUUUAUGAAGGUUGAAGUCUGUUAGUGGCAAUCCUUAUACCGCACUCGUAGUUACAGCAAGUUAUUCCCACUGGCAAAAAAAAGCAGGCCCCCCUCCCCCACUUUUGUGUAUAAUAAUGAAUUAAGCUAGAGUGUAACACCUGAAACCUUGAUUUGUGUUCUUUGGAGCUUGGCUGGCAUUUCUUUAAAAGUAAGAUUCUGGUAAACUUUUGUAGCUAGUGGACUGGGAAACUCCCACACGCUCAUCUGUCUGAUCUGUACAACUGUGGAAAAGCUCUGUGUGCAUUUAUAGAAGAGCAGUGAAACGACCUUCCUCCUUUUCCAUUUCUAUAGAAAUUGUAAUUCAUUCAGUGCAAAAGCAAAACCUCACUUUUCUGGAUUAAACGUGCAGGGCAGGACAAUAUCUGCUGUUGUGGAAAACUGGGAGGAGGCUCAGUCGCCCGGCAAUAUUCUUCUCUCUCUGCUACCACACAUUUCUAGUAGCUGCUGCUCCGUUUCUGCAUUAUGUUCUCUAGAAAUUCAAAAGGAUACUUUUAGAACAGAAGGUAACACAUGCAAGGUGACUACUGUAGAAGAGUCACAAGUAUGACUUAGACUCUCUCUUUGCCAAGUAGCCUGUGUUGCUGGGGUUGUGCUCAACGCUUGCUGCCUAAUUUAAUUUGAUUUUAAUUAAGGCUGUAUUUGGGUCUCUUGGUUUUUAGCAUGCCAGCAUGCAUCCUUCUCCCCCCUGCCCUGCUGUUAAAAGUCUGGAUGUAUAAAAUAAACGUUAGGUGGAGGUUUCUUAAAGGCAUUGUUGAUUUCAGAGCUUGAUCCUCCCUUCUUUAUCCUCCUCUGAAAGAAGCAAAAGAGUUUCAAGAUCAUAUCUUGGUUUUGUGGGGGGGGUGGGGAGGGGAGGAAAAAAGUUAUCACAUGGCCCAAAAUAUGACUCUGUUGGAAGUGCCACAGUCCUGUAUUCCUGAAACAUAAAAGCGAAUGUUCCCUCUUUGCCAGUUCGUUAUGCUGGCUUUCAUGAAGUAUCCCAUUAAAUACUAACACAUGCAUCAGAAAAAAGGUGUGCAAAAGUAGUUAGGGGGGGUCGUAUAAAGAGUUUGCAGUGGAUGUUAGCUGGGAGCGGGGGCAAAGUAAUAGUCUUUUCUCCCUGUAGAGGGUACAGCACUGUGAAAUUCAUAUUAAUGAAAUGCCCUUGCACAUCAGAUCUGGUUUUUGUUUAAAACAAAAUGUUCCUUCCUUUAACCAAGUUUACUGUAGUUCUAAAAGCAGUGUCUGUAACUCCCCCCCCCCCUUGUUUUCCUGCCCUUGACACGUGGUUGUCUGCAAACGCAUCCUUUUUGAUACCAUUUUAAAUAUGUAAAAUCAGUUGUCUUGUAAAUAUCUUAUAAAGAAAAAAACGUUUGUAAAUACCAAAUUUGUGGCUGUUAAUGUUUGCCUUUUUUUAAUUUUUGCUUCAGUUCAUUUAGGUUUAACAGUGUUAACAGGGAGUAUUAAAAGAAAUUCUGCUUGUACGUUUAAACAAAAUUGGAACAAAUCAUUUUUUUUUUUACAAUAAAAUGAAAAACAUGAA